UUCAGUGUUCGAAGAGAGUGCAUAUUUAUUUAUGUCUUGGAAUUAUCCUACAAAGUAUUUUCAGUUGUAGGCAGUUUGACGAAACUUGAUAAAUACCAUAAUCACUGGGUAGCUGUUACAUGUACCAGAGUUUCCGUUGAAGUGACGAGUCAGUCAGCGUGGAGGGAACCAACUCUCAAGGAUCCACGGCUGGAGGAAAAUCAAGGUUGCCUACUCCCCUCCUGCAGGACUCUUUCAUUUAUUCGUAUUUGUGGGACUUCUGUUCUAGCAACACUGCUUUCUCUCUAGACUCACUGUUUCUCUCUAGACUCACUGUUUCUCUAGACUCACUGUUUCUCGACAUCCUUUGUGCCAACCAGGCCUAUGGAGUUCAUCAUGAUAGACGGCCAUUGGAUUUAUCAGUACUAGUAGCUUACACGUUUCUUGCUUGUCUGAUUGAUUGUAGAUUGGCUGUAAUACCAGUACAGUUAUGUAUAUGUAUGAGCUCCUUGUACAGACUUACUACCAAUUGACUGACGUGUAGCGGAUGUAGAUCUACUAUGAUGGCCGCAUGGACUACAGCCUGCAGAGAGCAUUACUUAUACUUAUGCGGUAUAAAGUCGUACGCGACUGGACAGGAGAUGCUACUGUUGCAACAAUAAUUCAGUCACUGAGUCAGCGCUUACCCCUUGUGUGUGAAAAAAGCCUCUGGGCAAUCACAGAACAUGAUUAUCAUUGGCCUGGAACAACAACUAUUCAAGUUCAUAACACGAAAAAGCAAAACAAAAAUAUUUUGUAGUGCUUACCCAAUUACAUAGGUACUACCCUCCACAUACAUGUAGGUAGUUGUGAUGAUAGUCAUAGCCACGCUAGUACUAGUACUACUAGUAGUGGAGUGCUGGCCCAGCGACUCAAUCAGCAUUGUACAGCUACAGACUGUCGCUCCUGCUGCUUGAGUGUCGGCAUAAGUACAAGUGCGCUGAGCGUACUUCGUCACCAUCAUCACAAAAGCUUCUGAUCCCUCUGCGUCAGCAAACCACAAAGACGUCGGAAAACAUUUUUUAGAAGCGGAACACUUGACUCGGGAGACGAACAUCGUGGCAACAUCGAACGGACAGAAUAUGCCACGAUCAGCUUUGAUGAUCCUUUCUGCUUACAGUUUUACAGUACUACCGCUUCUCGAGGUCCUCAUGUUGCCACAUCAAGGCAGUGCCCUACAUUCUAGCGCCACCGUCAAAGCGCGAGGCAAAGAAAACUGCUCGGAUUAACUUACACUAGUGACAAUAGGGUUGGUUAGUGCUCCACACGUCCCAUCAUGCUUCCACUAGUCUUGAAGAUCUCCUACUUAGUAGGUCUCAGCGGACUUCUGGCUUCACUACUCGGAUAGUGCUGGAGGAUAGUGAACCCUCGAUGAGCACAGCUUGCACUCUGCAUGUCCAACCGAGAAUGGCCGUCCGCAGGCAUACAUUUUGUAAGUCAGAAAGGGCCUCGAAAUAACAGCAGGAUGUGGUGAUCAAUUUCGACGGCCAUCACGCGAGUAGGCGACCAUGCGAACAAAACUUACUUGCAAAACUGUGCUAGUGUCAGCUACACGAUGAUCCACACAGUCACGGCUAGCAGCUGGAAGUCCCCUAGUAGUGGUAGUAGAAGGACGACUUAGCAGCUGUCGCUUGUCUCUAGUUCAACUUGAUUCUUCCAUCGAGUCGAUUCACUGCAGUUAUCGCUAGACGGGCUGGAGAGAAAGAGUAGGUGAACAAGCCAGUCUCGGCAAGAAGCAGUAGAUUCAGCAAUGCAAUUUUACCUAUUUUCCGGUAUCCAACACCUACUCUCACUUCUAUAAUUGUUACGUAGAGAGUAGUACUAGUAGUCGUAGCCCGGCUUGCAGAAGCCUUGUCAAGGAGUCUUUCAUCACUAUAGACUUCCAGUUUCCAGUCUCAGUUUCUUCCGCAGUGUUGCCAUUUCCACCUGUCUCAGGCUCUGGAUCUCUUCAGAAACUUUCAGUAAGUUUACCGGUCUCGUCCAGUUCCAUUCUUAUAAUUAUUGUAGCUAGUGCAGAGUGACGGUUGGAAUGCCUGGCAGCAAGGGAGAGAUAGUGUAUAGCCAGAUUGGCCCUAUUCUGCUGGCCAUGGGGUUAGACGCUCUGGGCGUAAACGUCACAUUCACCAUGAUACCGUUCAUGGUGAAGGAUUUCCUUGAUGCACCCGGGAACGAGGUAGCAUUCUACUCUGGAGUUGUGGUGAGCGCUUACCACGUCGGUGUGCUCCUCGGCAGCAUGAUGUGGGGCAGUGUGUCUGAUCGCUGGGGUCGCCGUCCAGCCAUUCUCACCAGCAUGGCUUUGGUGAUGGUGUUCAAUACGUUAUUCGGACUGAGCCAAUCCUUGCUGUGGGCAGUGCUGACACGCUUCUUGUUGGGUUGCGGAUCAGCCGUCACCUCUGUAGGCAAGACAAUUCUGUCCGAGAGCUCCAGCGAUGCAACAAUGGCACGAGUAUUUUCCCUCGUUGGUGUGGGGCUUAGUGUUGGUGGACUACUCGGACCAGCAGUCGGUGGACUGUUGUCACAGCCAGCACAGAAGUUUGCAGCAAUGGACACGCCAUUCUUCCGCCAGUUCCCAUAUGCUCUACCAGUAUUCAUAUCGACUUCCUGGACAAUGGUUUUGCUUACAUGGGCAAUGUUUAAGUUGAAAGAAACACUGCCCCGUUCCCAAUCUAGUAUGAAAUUGGCGGAUCAAGAAGGAGAGCAAGAUUGUGCUGAAAGUGAGGACAUCCAACUCCUUAGAAGAGGUACUGAUGAAGAGAUGGAUGACUUUGAUGAGCCAGAGGCAGAGGAACGAUGUCGCUCAACACCACUGCUUCCAUGUUACAAGUCCCGGUCAUUUUCAAGGUGCAAGCUAUUAUUACUUUGCCGGUAUGCUGGCCGGGGCAUCCAGAGCUAUUUUAGUGCAUUUGCUCUUAUGCGGAACAAAACCAUCCGUCACGCUUGCACCUUGUAUGGCAUGUUGUCAUUUGUUGGCAUAAUGCAAAAUGUCUUAGUGCCCCUUCUGCUAGUCAACAGCUUUGCACAUGGUGGCUUGUGCUUAAACACAGCGGAAAUUGGAAUUCUGAUUGUCGGUUGCGGGUCACUCAAUUUAAUCAUUCAGCUUGUCUUUUAUCCACGUCUGGCUAAGCGAUUUGGCUAUCGUCGAGUGUUCCGAGGUGGCCUUAUUGCGUUCUUUUGCGCCACUUUGUUGAUGCCCUGGCUGACCAAGUUUACUGGUAACCAAGACCCAUCGUUCAUAUUGGAUAUUGCAAUGGAUGAUAGACUUUAUAGUACAGACACUGCACUGCUGUAUCGUAACCAUACCCUGCCGUCUGGACCAUACUACUACAAUGAGAGCAGCAGUUUGAGCAACACCAGUGUUGUGGACGAUGUGUGUGUAAGACAUGCGUCAUGGACACCUAACACCACUGUUGCGGCCUGCGGUACGACAGAGUCAAGCAACACGACCAGUGUUAGGUCUUUCCAGUUUUCCGUCAUCCCUUGCUUGCCAGUGUCGGUCUGGAUGAUAACCUUAGCUGUGAUUGUUGGCGGGUAUCCCUCACAAACAUUGUCCCUCUCCAGUGUCAAUGUCAUCAUUAAUAACUCGUGUGAAAGAGAGGUGCGCGGACGUGUGAACGCUAUUGGUAUGGGUCUUUCAUCCUUAGGUCGGGUCACUGGGCCUCUGGUCAUAUCUGCUCUGUUUGCUUGGAGUGUAUCUGAUGAUCAUGACCACCCAUACCCACUCAACCAUCACUUGGCUUUCCUGAUGAUGGCCAUUUUGGCUCUCUUUGUCGUUUUAUGGAGCUGGGGUCUGCCUCAGUCGGUGGAGGAACAAAUGAACAGGGUUACGUCACAGAUAAACGGUUCAUUCUCUCCCGCCGCGAGCAACAGUAUUGCGGUUUGUUUAAAUGGUUCGCAGAUACAGAACACCCUUUUAGUCAGCAAUUUCAAGAAUGGUGAUGAGCAGGAAGAGAAUAUAUUAUUUAAGAGCACUGCUGUGUAGGCUUCACAUACUCUGACAAUGUGGGCACAUUGGUAAAAUGCAUACUUUUAAAUGGUUACCCAUUUUGAGAGUAUAUUAGCAACUUGAUGCAAAGCUGACUUUAACAUUAAUUUUUUAACAUCAUAUUCGUCUUUCCCUCGAACCAAUGAAUAUCAUAUUCUAUUCUUUCAUUUUUAAGAUUCAUGACCCUUCUCUUGUAGGUUCUUGUAGGUUUUUUUUAAUCCUUUUUUUCUUCUUUUUGAUAUCUGAAUACCGAACCAUGUACACUGUCUGUAGCCUCCAUUCUAGUCUACUUAUCAUGUUACAUGUAUGCUUGAAGUACCCUGAAUUAGGUGCUGUGACUGUACAUGAGUUCAUGCUCAAAGAAUCAAGCGAAAGGCAGG